AUGGAAUCAAACCAACCCGUCUUGCUCCUGUGUACCGCGGAGUUCAGAACGUCCAUUCGCAUCAAGCCUAGCGGACCACCCAGGCCGUAUUGUUGCAAGUUCGCGUUGAUAUUUCUGUCUUUCCCCUUUCCGCGCAACGCGAGAAUGUUGAUAUCACCUCCUACUACAUGCGCGCCUAGUGCCUUGCAUGCCACCAUGAUCCCUCCUGUCCCGCAGAAGGGGUCGAGCACCAAGGAGCCUUUCUCGACACCUGCCAUAUUCGCCAUGACGAACGCCAGCUCGGCGUCCAUGCUUGUCGGGCCAAUAUAUCGUCGACGCUUGAGCGAAUACUUCGAACCAAUAAAUCCACACCCAUCCGCAACUUUGCGGCCAAGAAGCACUUGCCUCGGACUCUCGUUUUCCUCCUUGUACCCGUGGCCCUUGACGGGGAACGCGUCCUCAAUGAUGCAUAAUUCAACGUCCGAGUUGUGCAGCUUGACGCGCCCCGGAAACGUUAGUAGCAGAUCUGAGAAUCGGUGGAUUCGUUCAAGCUGUUUGUCGAGAUCGAUAGAGCGCCCAAACGCAUCAACAACACAACGGAAACUAAGCUUGGUUUGCGGGUCACGCACGGUAUCUAGCGCACCUGCGAACACGGUUGUAUCAAUAGUCGCCUUGCACGAAUCAUAG